AUGGUCGGUGAAUCGCAACAAGCUGCCCCCGACUUGCGAGUCAGGAAGGCUCCCAACCGGCAGUCACGCUCCUGCAGAGUCUGCCGGUCCCGCAAAGUCAAGGUAUGGAGAAGUGCUCAGGUCGUGACAGGACGGACGGUCCCUCCCGGCCGUUGCCUUGUUCCACUGACGGCCAUGUCCAUCCCAGCAGGACAGGGGGCUGCCAUCGUGUCUCAGUUGGUGUGUGACCGCGUAAAGCCCUGCCACGCAUGCUGCGCCCAUGGCUACCCUUCAAAAUGCGUGUACGAUAAUAUUCCUGAUGAGGAGGCCCGCCCGAUCAGCCAAGCCGAGGAAAUCCGGAACCUGCGAUCGGAGAUUCGGGAUCUUCGGGCGCGGAUAGACGACAAGCAUGACGGGUCCCGGGUCCAGAAUCUCAAGCGGCUGGACCAGCUUGAGAGCUUAUUUGAGUCUAUUCGCUCGGCCCCGCUUCGGGUUGUGGACUCGCUGGUUCGGGAUAUUAGGAGUGCACAAAGCGGACUGAAGGAUGAAAUGGCGACGGUGGGGCCAUGGGAGGGUCACAAAGCUUAUGAGAGCUAUGGCUCUCCCGGAUCUCUGAUGCCCAUUCGCGAGCGUCUGAGCAAUAGUAGCCCAGAAAGUGACUUCAAUGAUCCUAUCACCGGCGAUGAUGACGAUGAUGAAUUCGGAGAUGGCUUGUCGAUAGACGGAUCCGACUCGUCGUCUUCGUCGGGCACGGUUUCCAUCAUGAACUUGCAGCGACCAGCAGUCGAUGUGUUUGUCGAGCGCUUUGUGGACGCAUUCGCUCCCCAGGUCGACUCCAGGCAUGGCCGAGCUGGUGCAAUUCGUGCGGCUGCCGGGAUCCGCAUGUUCUCUCCCCUCAUUUCAGAUGCAUUCGAGGCGGUAUCUGUCGCCUUCUUCGGCAGGUCCAUCCAGAACAAGCAGAUUGAAGCGUCCGGCUUCCGCUUGUACCCGCGUGUGCUGCGGGGAUUGCAGGAUGCCCUGAUGGACCCUGAGCGGUCCAAGGCAGAAUCUACGUUGGUGACGGUGACUCUGCUGCUUGCGUUCGAGAGCGUGGAACGCACGACUCAACGCGGGGUCUCGGCUCAUGUACGGGGUGCGGUGCGCCUGAUUGAGCAUCGCGGCCCUGAGAAUCACAUGUACGGGGUCGAGCAUCUCCUCUUCACCGAGCUACGUCCAUACUGGAUUGGCGGCGCGCUGGCGGCUCGCCAGCCCUCCUUCCUUGCCCGCGAAGAAUGGAAGACUAUCCCCUGGUCGGCUGGAACGACUAAGAAGGACAUUUUACAUCAUCUUAUCGAUGUUGCCACCGAAGUGCCCGGCUUGCUGGCACAAUCCGAUGCAUUCAGCGAAGCACAACAGUCAUCCGUGAUGGGUGCACAGGAAAUGGCCGUCAAACAAGCGGCCCUUUGGAACGGCAUCACCGAAUGUAUGGCGCAGUUCCAGCAGUGGUAUGCUGAUUGGGUCGAGUGCUAUCCCGACGGGUCGAUCCAAGAAUCCGAGCAGACGGGGGAGCAGGACUUCCCGAUCUUCAAGCGGCGGGACCUGCGCACAGGCGCGAUCUACGCGCCGACAAAGUUCUCCUACCCCAAUCUCCUCUUAGCGCAGACCAUGUGCGUGUACUACGCCGUCCGGCUCAUCCUGUCCACCAUCGAUACUCGCCCAGAAGACCGGGUCACGCCCAUAGAGCAGUACGAAUUGGGAUGUGGCAUCUGCCGAACCUUGGAAUGGUAUAUUCUGACUGCGCCGGGCAACAUGAUCAACCGGCUUGCCUUUCCGACUCGAGUCGCGUGGGAGGCAUUCCCUGACGGCGGCCCUGAGCGCGCGUUUAUGGUCGAGGUGUUGCAUCUGGUGGAGAAACGCCAUGCUCUCGGCCUUUGGGGUAGUGCGAUGCCCGAGCUGUCCGUGCGAGAGAACUCCCCCCUCAAUUCCGACCUUUAG